AUGUCUUCUUCGACAUCACCAUUGGCACUAAACCCGCCGGUUCGUGUCACCUUCGAGCUAUACGACGAUGUUGUGCCCAAGACUGCCGAGAACUUCCGCGCGCUAUGCACGGGCGAGAAGGGCCUCGGAAAGUCAGGCAAGCCCCUUCACUACAAGGGUAGCAUGUUCCACCGUGUCAUCAAGCAAUUCAUGAUCCAGGGUGGUGACUUUACUGCUGGCGACGGAACCGGCGGCGAGAGCAUCUACGGCGAAAAAUUUGAGGACGAGAACUUUGAGCUCAAACACGAACGUCCUUUCUUGCUUAGCAUGGCUAACGCUGGACCUGGCACCAACGGCUCUCAAUUCUUUGUUACGACCGUCCCCACACCGCACCUUGACGGGAAGCACGUUGUCUUCGGCGAAGUUAAGUCAGGAAAAUCUAUAAUAAGGCAGAUCGAGAACCUGCGUACCAACAACGACAAGCCUGCGAAGGACGCCAUCAUCACGGACUGUGGCGAGCUUUCAGGCGCCGCCGCACAGGUAUCUGACGUUAAGGCCCCGGAUACCUACGGUGAUCAACUUCGGCAACAAGGCUUUCAAGGCCGGCGAUGUGCUUGGCGGCCUGAGAAGUAUCAGAAGGGUCUGCGAUACCUAAAUGAGGAGCCGGAGGUUAAAGAUGAUGAGAAGGAUCUGCGCCAGAAGCUCGAUUCUCUGCGCUUUACACUCAACUGUAACUCAGCGCUGCUUAACCUUAAGCUCGAGGCCUGGGAUGACGCCCAGCGCACCGCUGUGGCCGCCCUCGCUGUCUCCGGCGUCUCUGAUAAAGAGCGUGCCAAGGCGCUGUACCGCCAAGGUCUCGCGCUCAUCAAGUUAAGGGAUGAAGAUGCAGCCGUUGCAGCCCUAGAGCAGGCUAAGAAACUAGUUCCUAACGAUGCUGCCAUCACUAAGGAACUCGAAGCAGUCAAGAAGCAGGCUGCAGCUCGCCUGGCCAAAGAGAAGGCUGCGUACAAGAAGUUCUUCUCGUGA